UCAGCCCUCAACAAUGCCUCCCAAGAAGGCCAAGAAGGCCGGCAAGGACGCCAAAGCCUCUCCCAAGCCUGCUGAAUCUCCUGUCAAGAAUGGCAGCGACAAGAGUGCAAAGAAGCCAUCCAAAACCCCCAGUCCCGCUAAGCCAGCUACUCCAGCAGCAGGCAAGAAAAGAAAGCGUUCUGACGAGGAAGACGAGGAGUCCGAAGAAGAUGACCGCUCGCCACCAAGAUCCAAAUAUCCUAAAAAGCCAAAACUCUCACCAAAGACUGCUAGAAGAGUAAAGCAGGAAGCGUAUCUUAGCGGCCGUAUCAAGGACCUCGGUAUCAAGGUCGAGCCCGUUAAGGGCCAUGAGCCCGACGAUGAAGAUGAAGACAGGCCCAAUGAGGACUGGAAUUCGAUGGAUCGUGUGCGCCAACGCUGCGAUGACCGCCUUGACGACAUAGAAGAGGCUGUUCGUGCACUUGGUGGUGAAAUACUCAAGCAGUACAAAAACCUCCCGGAGCUUGACAUCUCGGAGCAANAGAGCGACGAGACACGCCACGAGAAGCGACAGAAGAACAAGAAGAUCAAAAUCGACGAGGAAAUCGAUCCGAUCGCAGAGAAGAAACAUGUANAAGUGACAUAUUCGACAAAAGGAAACACGCUGACCAUAUCCCAAUCGCAGAAAUCCAAGAAUUUCCCGGAUGGUAAAAAACACAUAUCAGCAAAGCAACUGAAAAACAUUGUGAAGAUACUGGAGAGAGAGCUUGGAGAGGAGCUGGCCAGACGAAGAGUCCAACAUCCCGACGACGUGAGUCUUGCAACACAUCCAUCCAAACGCGCCAGAAAGGCAAAAGCGGCAGCAAAAGCCAAAGGAGAACCUCCCAAGUUGACCAGAACUCUUGAGAAACAGUGGGAAAAGCACGGCCUUUCACUUCGGGAGCUACUCGAUCUCUACAACAAGCAUGGUUCGAAGGCCUCAGCACCUGCUCGUGACGACCUCGUCAAGAAAUGUAAAGAUUACCGCCUCAGCACUACUGGUGAUCUCUGGAGCCUGGAAAAGGCCAUACUCAUGUAUGAGCUCUCACGCAAACAACGCAUGUAUGGAUUGUCGCAGGAUGCCAUCAGGAACAUCAUCUCUGCUCUUGGCGACAUCGAGGCUCCAGGAGAUACAGAGGAAGACGACGAUGGUAGCGACUCUAGUAACGACGCUGCCGGACCAUACGACAACCUCAAGAUUCACGGCAAGGGAAAGGGUAAACCAAAGGAUGGUAAGACCGGCAGUAAAGAUGCCACUGCCUCGUCCAAGGGUGGCAAGAAGAGUGGUAAAGAAGCGGGAUCCUCGCCAGCCAAAGAUGGAUCGGAAGGCGACAAGAAAGACGGUAAAAAAGACGGGAAGAAAGAUGACAAGAAAGACGGAAAGAAAGACGACAAGAAGGGCGACAAGAAGGACGGCAAAAGAGCGACAAGACUACUGGAGCCGGCACAAAGGGUACAANAGAGACGCACAAGAUCGAACAAAACAAUAGAUCUGGCUGCUGAAGAUGACAAGCUCAAGGUCCGGAAGGAGAUCACAAUCACAGAUGGUGGUCAAACCCAAAGAUUCACCCAAGUGAACGUUCCCGGGGCUGCACUCCGCUGCAUGUGGAACGCCGUUCAACUCCUCUGGAUCGGAAGACAAACAGCACCAGGAAAACGUGUUGCAGAUCGAUAUCCCGUCAAUGACCGAGUGCGCGAUCUCUGGAACGCAGUUAUGCAUCCUACAGAGGGCACUACAAACCCGGCACGUCAGUCAAGACUCAGACUUUACACGGCCUUGCAACGAGGCAGCCUCGACGCCGAUAACACAAGACUAGAGGAGCGUAUCAUCAACAGACGAAUGGGUAUGCUUCGAUACACGCCAAAUGAUUGCACAUGCACUGACGCUGAAUACANNGGUGAUUCUGAUAUGCUCCAAGUAGUCGCCGACGCAUUGGACAUUGAGAUCUUCAUGUACUGUCCUCAGUACGAUGCUGACCGGUCAAUCACCUGGGAAAGAUAUGUGAGAGGCCAACCACAGAAUGACAGCGCACGCCAGAUCCAUAUUGCCAACUACAUGCAUGCAAGACAUUGGACGGCGUUAACACCAGUCGGAGCCGGACCCAUCACUUUGCCGGCCUUGGGAGAGAUGCAUAGACAUCCGAUUUUCGGUAGCGAUAUACCCAUGCCGACCCCCCUCACGCGCCUCCAGCCCGGAGACGAGGAUAACACGGAUCUCAGGGAUGAGGAUCUGCACGACGAGCCCGAGGAUGGACAUGUCGCAGACACUANNCAGAGACGGAAGAAGAGGAAGAAGAUGACGAUUCUGAGGGAUGAAGAAGAGGAUGAAGAGAUGGGCGAGGAAGAAGAGGCCGAUGGUAAUGAUGGCCCACCACCACCUCCAGCCGCAGGAGCCGCUGCCGCUUCCGCGUCAAGUGCUGCUGCCAGAAGAACAUCACCGUCCGCAUCACACCCAUCUCGCAGCUCAUCCGCACCAGCAUCUACUGGCCGUGAUUCUCGCAGCCCGUCAGGAUCCCAGAAGCGAGCAAGAAGACGUGCUCGAUCAAGGUCAAAGAGCAAACCGCGCAGCACAUCUCAGCCCAGUGGCGUGCAGAAGAACGUUCAGGCAAGCCAGCCAUUGAGCANNAAAAAAGCACUCAAGAAGAAGUCAAAGGCACUCCGCAAGAUUUUCCAAAACUUCUAUCUUGCAAUGCCUAGUCCUCAAAACAUGGCGGGUGCCGCACCUUCUCCAUACCUGCGUUCAGCCGUCCCCAUUGCU